GCUCAGUGCGUGUAGAAGCACGAAAGUGGACGCGCAUUGCUGUUCUCGAAAAUAAUCACGAUAUAAAAUACGUUACGAGAACUUUUCAUAACUGAAACGAAAAAGACAUUAAAAGCACGAAUUCAAUAAAACUUUUAAAUGCAAGAACUACUCCAAAAAUCAUAAAAAAAAUAUAUUAUUUUGAUUAAUGUUGAGUUAAAAUAAAGUUUUGCUGAUUAAGUGAAUUUUUAAAGUUGAAGUAGGUGAAGUGGAAUAAGUUGAUAUUGUUGCUAAGAAAAUGAAGGUCCUUACGGUCGAAGAUAAAGUUUCUAGUGUUGGGAAUGAAAAUGAACCUAGAGUUGAUGUUGCAGAAUUGAAGAUAACAAAGGAGGAAUUGAACAGAGGCUGUCCUCUCGGAGUAUCACGGGUUAUCGACUCAGUGUAUAUUUGCGGUGCUCAUGCUUUGCCGGGUGCUGUCAAGGCAUUACAUCCUGGUUUAGUCGUGAAUGCAGCUCCAGAACUUCCACCACCCCCUGAAGACUACGUUCCAAGGCAUUACGUACCACUGCUUGAUACACCAAACUCAGAUAUGCAUCCCUAUAUGGAACGGGUCGCUGAUCUUAUAAAUGAGGUCGUUUCAAGGAAUGAAGAUGUGCUUGUACAUUGUGUUGCCGGUGUUUCAAGAUCAGUAACACUUUGCUUAGCCUAUCUAGUAAAAUGGCGAAAGAUGACCCUCAGAGAUGCCUAUCACCACUUAAAACAAAGAAGGCCACAAAUCCGACCAAAUACCGGCUUCUUCAAACAGCUCAUAAAAUUUGAGGAGAGGCUAUUUGGUGAGGCGUCCGUCAAGAUGGUUUACUGUGAAGCCAUUGAUAAAGAAAUUCCUGAUGUUUAUGAACCUGAUUAUAGUGGAAUGAUGUGGUUUAGACAGCGCUACGGGCCCAUCGAGAACAGUUAAAGUAUAGACAAUAGAUAAUAUGAUAUGUUGUAUUGCGUUAGCUCUAAUCUGUCAUUUAUAUUGAUGACCAAACAUGAUGAUUUAAUAACUUGUUGUAUCUUAAACGUUUGAUAUGUUAUAAAUUUACACUAGGGGUUAAGAUAAUUAGAAAAAGAAGAAGAAACACUAUUAAACGUAUAACAUACAGGAAAAGAAGCAGUAAGGAGUAUACAGUACACAAUGUAGACAUG